AUGGAAGACCAAGAUGAUGAUUUUGGUGAUCAAUAUUUACCAGUUGGGUAUAGGUUUGUGCCAACAGAUGAAGAAUUGGUGAGUCAUUAUUUGAUCAACAGGGUGUUUUGCAAGCCUGUUCCAGCUUCAGUUUUUCAAGAAAUUAAUGCUUCUGAGCUUUACAGCCAGCCUCCAAAGAGUUCAGUGCAAUUCUCUAGUGGAGAAAGAGAGUGGUUCUUCUUUAUUCACAAGGAUGGAAAUUUUGAUGAUGAGCAACAUAAGACAUUAUUUCGAAUGGUUGGAGAUGGAUUAGGGUUUUGGAGAUCAAAUGGAGAGAAGCCCCUAUUUGACACAAGUGGAAAUGUAGUAGCCUUCAAGAUUCAUUUGACCUAUUUUUCGGGAUGCCUUUCGAAAGCAAAGAAAACACAUUGGAGAAUGGAUGAAUAUCGACUGCCCAUUCAAUUCUAUACCCUCCACAAUUCCAAGGAGGAGUGGGCACUGGGGAGACUUACCAGAGGAAGAGAUUACAAUUUUGAUUUCUAA